UGUGGAUUGUUUUCUCUCCCUCAGACACUGAUUGGCCGCCUGCUGUUGACUGAGGGUGGAGGAGCUGCGUGCGUAAAGGUGGAGCUGCUGUUUCCAGUCAGGUGUCGCCCACUCUCUUUCCUCCUCAGUCUCUCUCGGUCCGUGGAGCGGAGCGGGAUGUGACGACUUCACCACACUGAGAUUUACACGCACGUCACUGUCACAGGAGAUCCACGCAGGUCGGAGGCAUGAGUGGUGUCACCGUUUGGAUGGACGAUGGGGACAUGGCUCCAGAGGAGGUGAGCUCUGUGGCCCCCUGGACGGAGGAGCACUGCGAGGAGCUGUGGGAUCGCGUGGAAGGAGUGAGACACAAGCUCACGCGCAUCCUGAACCCGGCUAAAGUCACGCCGUACCUGCGGCAGUGCAAGGUCAUCGACGAGCAGGAUGAGGACGAGGUGCUCAACUCCACACAGUACCCGCUGCGCAUCAGCAAGGCCGGUCGUCUCCUGGACAUUCUCCGGGGUCAGGGCCAGCGAGGGAUUCAGGCCUUCAUGGAGUCGCUUGAGUUUUACCACCCGGAGCAAUACACACAGCUGACCGGGGAGCAGCCCACACAUCGAUGCUCCCUCAUACUGGAUGAGGAAGGUCCGGAGGGUUUGACCCAGUUUCUGCUCCUGGAGGUGCGUAAACUGAGGGAGCAGCUUCGAAACAGCCGUAUGGGCGAGCGUCGCAUGUCCCAGCGCUGCCGGACGGCCGAGGACGAACGAGGCCGCGCCGAACGCAAAGCGCAGGAGCUAUGUCAGAACAAACUGCAACUGGAGAGGCUGCGUCAGGACUGGGAGUCGUCCAGUAAGGAGCUGGGAAACCUGAAGGACAGACACCUGGAGCAGGCUGUGAAGUACUCCAGGGCCCUGGAGGAGCAAGGGAAGGCCUCCACCCGAGAGAGAGAACUGCUGAGGCAGGUAGAGGAGCUAAAGUCCAGGUUGACAGAGGCAGAGAACCAAACCCUCGGAGCAGUGGAGAACUCAUCGCCAGUCAAAAUAAACUGUUUGCUCUCCAAUGGAGUCAAUGGUUCUCCGCCUGUUUUACCAGAGAAGCCACCGCACCGGGCCCCGAGCGCAGAGACUCACACGAAGGACUCAGCUCCUGCCAAUGGAGUCAUCGCUCUGAUGGAUAUCCUGCAGCAGGACCGCAGGGAGGCCACAGAGCAGCGAGAGGAGCUCUGCGACAUCAUCACUCGACUCCAGGGAGAGGUGCAGAGCUCUGAGGAGUACAGGGACAAGCUGGAGUCGCAGUGUGAGCAGCUCCAGCUGAAACUGAGGACUCUCCAUCUGGACUGGGACACUGAGCAGAAGAGGAGCGUAUCCUACUUCAACCAGAUCAUGGAACUGGAGAAGGAGAGAGACCAGGCCAUGCGGAGCCGUGACAGCCUGCAGCUGGAGUACACCGACUGUCUGCUGGACAAGAACCGGCUGCGUAAACGCAUUGCGGAGCUGCAGGCCAACCUGGAGCAGCAGCAGGGGGAGCUGGAGAUCGAGAGGGAGAGGAGCCAUGAGCAAAUGCAGCAGAGCGACCACUGUCUGCACUGUUCCCACCUGUCUCUGUGCAGUGAGGACCAGUGCUAUGGCCCCUGCUGCUCCCUCGGCCUGGACCUCAGCCCCCGGAUCAACAGCACCAACAAGCUGCGGCGAAAGAUGCCAUCUAGAGGACAAACCAAUGAAAACUCUGAGGAUUCCAAUUCAGAGGAGAAUGUCCUGUUGUCGACGGAAGACAAUGAAAAGGAAAUAAACCGUCUCUCCACCUUCCCCUUCCCUCCUUGUAUGAACUCCAUCAACCGACGAGCCACCACAGAGUUUGACUUGGACUCGUGGGGCAGUGAUGAGAAUGAGAAUAUUACAGGUGAGCAGACUGAACCUUCCCUGUGGGAUUCCUGGAACUCGCUUCAAUCUCAUCUCUUCCCCCCAGACCUGGUCAACCUGCCGUCAGCCUCCUCACACCAACCCAGUCCCACAGCUCCCAGGAUACCCCCUCGCUCGCCAUCUUCAAGUCCCCCCCCCUCGCGGAACCACGGGAGUGCCAGUCUGGCUGAUGGCAUCAAGAUAGUUGGCGGAAACCAGACGGGGAUCUUUGUGAGCUACGUGAGAGCCGGUUCCCCAGCUGAGCAGUGUGGACUGAAGGAGGGCAGUGAGCUGCUGGAGCUGGAGCGGGUUCUGUUCGGGGGGGGCAGUGUCCAGUUCGGCCAGUGCACUGCUGAGGUCGCCCACUUCUCCCUGCAGUGGUGGACUGAGGCCUUGACACUCAAACACCAGGUCAACCCAGAGGCCUACUCCAAGCUGUGCUCCCAGCUCCAGUCCUCAACGUUUAUUGGCGCCGACUCCUUCUACGUGCGUGUGAAUCUGAAUAUGGAAGCUCACGGUGACCCGCCGUCUCUGAGCGUGGCCUGUGAUGACAUCAUACACGUCACAGACACCAGGUACAAGGGGAAAUACCACUGGAACUGUUCACUCGUGGACCCACAGACAGCCAAGCACCUGCAGAAAGGAUCCAUGCCCAACUAUAACAGGGCACAACAGCUGUUACUUGUGAGGCUCCGGAAAAUGGCCCUGGAGCAAAAGGAUUUCAAGAGGAAGAUGUUCUCAAAGAAAGCGUGCGGCCGUGUACGACUCGUCAAAGCAGUGAACCCCAGCUGUCGUGGGAUCGGUUCCUCACAGCAGGUCUUCUACACACUCAGCAAACGUCACGACGAGCACUUGAUCCCUUAUAGUUUAGUGCAGCCGGUGCAGGUUCAGACCAAGAGGCCGGUGAUCUUCUCCCCCUCUCUGCUCUCCCGCGGUCUCAUAGAGCGGCUGCUGCAGCCAGCGACUUCUGGUCUGAGCUUCAACACCUGUCCGCCAGAGCCCGUCCAGGAGUCAGAGAGACAAGACAAGAGCGUGUUCUUGUUGGAUUCCUGCAGUCCAGACCAGGCUCUGGGUGUACGGCUGGAGUCAAUACAGGAAGUUAUUAGUCAGGAUAAGCACUGUCUGUUGGAGCUGGGGCUGACCAGUGUCGAGGGAUUACUGAGACAAGGGAUUUACCCAAUUGUCAUCCACAUCCGCCCCAAGAACAAAAAAAACAAGAAGCUGAGGAAGUUUUUUCCACGCUGUGGGGAGGACAGCAUGAUGGAGGAGGUGUGCCAGGCGGAGGAGCUGCAGCUGGAGACGCUGCCCCUGCUCUUCUACACCCUGGAGCCCAGCUCCUGGAGCUGCACCGAUGAGCUGCUGGCAGCCAUUUGCAACGCCAUCCAGAGCCAGCAGAAAGCAGUAGCAUGGGUGGAGCUGGACAGGCUGCAGUAGAGGAGAGAUGACUGUGUGCUGAGGAUUCAAACCGGUGCCAAGCAGACUCUCCUGUCUUUGAAUAAAGAAUCUGGCAGCAAACCACAGUCAAGUCUCUGUAGAGGAUUAAUAUUAGUGAUUAACAUUAGCUGUUAGAUCUCCUUACUAUUCUAAGUGAGUGAAACUGACAUAGGUGCAUGUAUUUAGCCCAGCUGGACUGUCUAAAUUGUCUAAAAGUUGAAAAAUGUAAUUAUCUCUUAGGACAGACAUAUCUGCGAUCAGUUGUUUUUAAUCAGCAUGAAUUAUGUAUUGUUUCUUUUUUUUUUUCUCAAACAUGUGAAGUUAUAAUAUAUAACCAACAUGCACUUUCAAAAUUAGAUUUGAGGAUCACACAAGGUGCUAAUUUUUACAGCACAUGCAUCAGAAGUCAUGAAGACAGUGAAGCUGUGAGGACGGAGAGAGGAUGAAGGCUCAAGUGAAGGAGUUUGUUGUAGGAACAGAUGUAGGGAGGGUAAAAAUCUUCUCGUCCACACUUUGAAUUUUUUGUAUAAACUGUCCUUUUUUUGCUGAUAUAAUCUUUAGGAUAUAAAUCCAUAUUUCAGAUCAUGUCAAAGUAUACAGAUGAACUGUGGUUAUAUGAAUAUAUUUUUAAAGGAAAACUUGUAAGACUGCAGGUCAGCGAGUGCCGUGUUUUUAUUUACACAACAACAGAAGCUUUAUUUCACUGUGACAAAAUGAAUCUAUAUGACUGACAUUUUCAUUUUGUUUAAGAAUAAAAGAAUGAAAAAUUGA